GAAAAUGCGAGUCCUUUCGAACGCUCGUAAUCUCGCUAGGGUUUUAGGAACCCGAACAAUUCAUUUCAAUUCAAAUCACCGAUUCCUCUCCUCUUUGACUCAAAUCAACUCAUCUCCUCUCUCUUCUCUUCAAUGCCAACUCCACACCGACGCUUCCUCAGGGAUAUAUGGAAGCAGUUAUUUUCCAAUGCCACGGCAUCCGAUUUAUUCGAUGAUGUCACGGACAUCUUUUUCUACAGAAGCAGGAACCCCAAACAGUAAUCCAACUGAGGAUGUUAAGGAACUCUAUGAUAACAUGCUUCAAUCCGUAAAUGUUAAAAGGACUAUGCCUCCGAAUGCUUCUCUAUGGUCAAUGAUUGAAAACUGCAAAAAUCGUGAGGAUAUUAAGCUUCUGUUUGAUGUUCUGCAUAAUCUCCGAAGAUUUCGAUUAUCAAAUCUUCGGAUUCAUUCCAAUUUUAAUUGCAAUCUCUGCCAAGAAGUUACCAGGGCAUGUGCUCGUGUGGGUGCCAUUGAUUUUGGAAAGAAGGCUUUGUGGCAGCACAAUGUGUAUGGAUUGACUCCUAGUAUCGCAUCUGCACAUCAUUUACUGUCGUAUGCUAAGGCUUGUAAUGAUGUUAAACUCAUGGUGGAGGUAAUGAAACUUUUGAAAAAGAAUAACUUACCACUACAAGCUGGCACUGCAGAUAUCGUUUUCAGCAUUUGUUACAAUACAAAUAAUUGGGAGUUGAUCUCUAAGUACUCAAAGAGGUUUAUCAAGGCUGGAGUAAAACUGCGACAGACUACAUUUGACACAUGGAUGGAAUUUGCUGUCCGAAGAGGAGACACUGAGUCACUAUGGAAUAUUGAGAAAUUGAGAUCUGACACAAUGAAGCAGCACACUCUCACCACUGGUUUUGCAUGUGCAAAGGGUUUACUACUUGAACAUAAGCCAGAGGAAGCUGCAGCUCUUAUUCAAGUCCUUCAUCAGACUCUAUCUGAUGCAAAGAAGCCUGGUAUUGCGGAUGAAGUUGAGAAGCUGGUAAAUGAGUGGCCUAUGGAAGUUAUCAAGCAUCAAAAAGAGGAAGAUAGGAAGGCAUUGGCUGCAUCUUUGAAAUCAGAUAUUCCUGCCAUGGUUACGAGUCUUCUAAACAUAGGCUUAGCAAGGAAUGUAAAUUUGGAAGAUUUAGCGAAAAGAGAAAUUCUGUCGUAAGCCAAGGAAGAUUGGACAUGACGAACCAAAGCUAUGUUGGCACCUUGUAUCAACAGAGCUGCAACUAUUUUAGACAUUUCAAGAAUUGCCGCAAACUGAGGACUCCAUUCAUGAUCACAAACUUCACACUCCACUGCUAGAGGGAUUGCAAGCAAGCAUCUAGUUGUAACCCUAUUUUAUCAGUUACUCUUUUGAGAUUCCAUUCAUUUGGGUUAAUCCACUCUUUUGAGAUUCCCAAUUUUGUUAAGAACUAGUUAGUACUUAAAUAUCAAUUGUCAGCUCAUCAAAAUUUUCAGUUGUCAUCAA